GUCAUGUGAUCAGCUGUGUCCAAUCACAGCUGAUCGCAUGACAUGUACACUGAUCAUCAGGGCACUGAUGAUCAGUGUGCCCUGUUGAUCAGUGUAGCCCCAGCAGUGCCACCUGUCAGUGUCCAUCAAUGCCAGCUGUCAGUGCUCAUCAGUGCCACAUGCCAGUGCCCAUCAGUGCAACAUCAAUGCCACAUAUCAGUGCCUACCAGUGCACAUCAAUGCCACAUAUCAGUGCUCAUCUGAGCUGCCAGUCAGUGCCACCCAUCAGUGCCAGUCAGUGCUGCCAAUCAGUG